CGAGUCAUACCAAUGACUGUAAAAAUGGGAUCCAAUGUGUCUUUGCUUGGCACUCAACAUUAAGGAGAUAGAUUGGCGUUGGACCAGAGAGACCUGCUGUAACUAGUCCGGAUAUCGCGAUGACAGGACACAUCGUGACCUUCAACUGCUCGGCCUCCUCUCAGCCUCUCAGCCAGUUCAGCUGGUUCUUCAAUGGCUCCCAGGUGGCGACUGACUCAGUGUAUGAGACUGUCCCACUGACCUUAGCCAGUUAUGGGGAGUACACCUGUGUGGCCUUCAACAACAUCACUGGCAGAAACAGCACUGUCUCCAAGAUGCUCACCGUCAUUGACCCAGUAACCAUGGCCAUGGUGAAAUUCAUGGGUGCCCAGCCAAUAGCAGACUACAUGUUUACUCUGACCUGUGAGACCGCUGGAAUCAUUUACUGCAUUCAAUGGAUGAGGUUUGGCUGGCCUCUGUAUGCUGACAACAGAACAAACUUCUCUAUGAACAACAAUACACUGACAUUCAACUCUGUCUAGCAUUCUGACAACGGAGACUAUCAGUGUUCUGCCUCCAACCCCCUGAGCAACAUGACCAGCCCAGACUACAGACUGACCGUCAACUAUGGACCAGAGAUGCCUGUUAUAACAGGACCAGCAUUAGGAGAAACAGGACACAUCGUGACCUUCAACUGCUCGGCCUCCUCUCAGCCUCUCAGCCUCUCAGCCAGUUCAGCUGGUUCUUCAAUGGUUCCCAGGUGGCAACUGGCUCAGUGUAUAAGACUAGCCCACUGACCUUAGCCAGUCAUGGGGAGUACACCUGUGUGGCCUUCAACAACGUCACUGGCAGAAAUAGCACUGUCUCCAAGAUGCUCACUGUUGUUGCACCUGUGACCAUGACCAUGGUGAAAGUCAUUGGAGCCAAGCCAAUACUGAACGAGAGAUUCUCUUUGACCUGUGAGACCGCUGGGACCAUUUACUCCAUUCAAUGGAUGAGGAACGGCUGGCCUCUGUAUGCUGACAACAGAACAAACUUCUCUAUGAACAACAAUACACUGACAUUCAACCCUGUCCAGCAUUCUGACAACGGAGACUAUCAGUGUUCUGCCUCCAACCCCCUGAGCAACAUGACCAGCCCAGACUACAGACUGACCGUCAACUAUGGACUGGAGAUGCCUGUUAUAACAGGACCAGCAUUAGGAGAAACAGGACACAGUGUGACCUUCAACUGCUCUGCCUCCUCUCAGCCUCUCAGCCAGUUCAGCUGGUUCUUCAAUGGCUCCCAGGUGGCGACUGGCUCAGUGUAUGAGACUGGCCCACUGACCUUAGCCAGUCAUGGGAAGUACACCUGUGUGGCCUUCAACAACAUCACUGGCAAAAACAAUACUGUCUCCAAGAUGCUCACCAUCAUUGCAAUAAUUGCCAGCAUUGACUCGACACUACAAAUGGCGUCACGAAAAGGGAGGGUCUGCCUCUCUCCUUUGUUCCAUUCAUUGCCGCCAAGCUGACUCGUUCUGAAGUCAUGGCCAGAUAAGGGUGAGUUUUUUUUCUCACCACUUUGGGCAUUUGUUAGCUUGGAUGCUAUUUGAGUGUGCGCUGGAGAGAUGUACCGUUAGGACCGAGGUGUGCUUUGUGUUGCUUUGUUGCUGAGAACUAGGGGUCUGGCCUAAUCAUUAUAAAUUUAUUUGCACUGGUAGACAGCGCAAAAGGGGGGAGAGUACCUAUAGAGGGUCUAUAGAGAUAGAAAUUCUAGAGCAAUCGAUGGUAGUGAAUAAGGCAGAGAUACAAGGCAGAGAUACAAGGCAGAGAUACAAGGCAGAGAUACAAGGCAGAUAUACAAGGCAGAUAUACAAGGCAGAUAUACAAGGCAGAUGUACAAGGCAGAUAUACGUAUACAUUAGGGCAUUGCAAUCUUGUAAAGACCUCAGGGAGGCGACCUAUAGGGUGGGCCUAAAAUCCUGAUAACGCAUUCGGUGUGAUUUUACGACACUAGAGUGACGUAGGGAGCAUAUGCUUCUGUUACACUGGGUGCAAGUGGGGGAGACAGAGAUACAGACGAAGGAACAAAGAGAAGAGAUUUGAACACGAAUGGAAUGUUCUGGUUGUUAC